GGGGGCGGGACACCUGGCAACGGCAUUCUAGGCGCAUGAGCAGAGCUGACCUCCAGCCUGGGCCAGAUGGGAGGGGCUGUGGUGGGCAGAAUUGUGUGGCGCCCUCUGCGCCUGCGCCCCGGCACAAGGUGGGGCAGCGGGUGCCCGCACUGUAGGGUGCGCGCAGAGGUGGGGGGCAACGGCCAGCUGUCACACUAAGGGGCAGCGGCGGGAUGGCAGCAACCUCCGGGUCCUCGGACUUGGCCGGCUCUGGAGCGCCCCCGCCUGGCGGGGGAGCCCAGGCGGCAGCGGCGGCGGAGGAGGAGGAGCGAGAGGUGGUACGGGUCCGAGUCAAGAAACACGAGAAUUUCCUGGCCCCUGAGUUCCGCUCUUUCGCUGUCGACCCCCAGAUCACCUCGCUGGACGUGUUACAACACAUCCUCAUUCGGGCCUUUGACUUGAACGGGAAGAAGAACUUUGGCAUCAGCUACCUGGGCCGGGACCGGCUCGGACAGGAAGCUUACCUCUCCCUGCUGUCUGAUUGGGACCUCAGCACAGCCUUCGCCACUGCCUCCAAACCUUACCUGCAGUUGCGGGUAGACAUUCGGCCCUCCGAGGACAGCCCGUUGCUGGAAGACUGGGACAUAAUCAGCCCCAAGGAUGUCAUUGGCUCCGAUGUGCUGCUGGCUGAGAAACGGUCAUCGCUGACGACAGCUGCCCUGCCCUUUACCCAGUCCAUCCUGUCUCAGGUGGGCCGCACCUUGUCUAAGGUCCAGCAGGUGCUGAGCUGGUCGUAUGGGGAAGAUGCCAAGCCCUUCAAGCCGCCUCUGAGUGAUGCCGAGUUUCACACGUACCUCAAUCACGAGGGCCAGCUCUCCCGCCCCGAGGAAUUGCGCCUGCGCAUCUACCACGGUGGUGUGGAGCCCUCAUUACGGAAGGUGGUAUGGCGGUACCUGCUGAACGUGUACCCAGACGGACUGACAGGCCGGGAGCGGAUGGACUACAUGAAACGCAAGAGCCGAGAGUAUGAGCAGCUCAAGAGUGAGUGGGCGCAGCGAGCGAGCCCGGAGGACCUGGAAUUCAUCCGGAGCACGGUGCUCAAGGACGUGCUGCGCACCGACCGGGCCCACCCCUACUACGCGGGGCCCGAAGACGGCCCGCACUUGCGGGCGCUGCACGACCUGCUCACCACCUAUGCUGUCACCCACCCCCAGGUCUCCUACUGCCAGGGCAUGAGCGACCUCGCCUCGCCCAUCCUCGCCGUCAUGGACCACGAGGGACACGCCUUCGUCUGCUUUUGUGGCAUCAUGAAGCGCCUGGCAGCCAACUUCCACCCCGACGGCCGCGCCAUGGCCACCAAGUUUGCCCACCUCAAGCUGCUGCUGCGACACGCUGACCCUGACUUUUACCAGUACCUGCAAGAAGCAGGCGCCGACGACCUCUUCUUCUGCUACCGCUGGCUGCUGCUCGAACUCAAGCGCGAGUUUGCCUUCGACGAUGCCCUGCGCAUGCUUGAGGUCACCUGGAGUUCGCUGCCGCCCGAUCCUCCUGAACACGAGGUGGAGCUCAUCGGCCCCCCCAGCCAAGCGGCAGACCCUGGCUUCGGUGGCCACAGGGGGCGGCCUGUGCGGCAGAGGCACAUGCUGAGGCCCGCAGGCGGAGGAGCCGGGGCCUUCGAAGAUGCUGUCAACCGCUUGGCCAGCACCAGCCAGGGCCCUGGUGGCAGAAGUGGUGGCGGCGGGGGCCGUCUGCUGAGACAAGCCAGCCUGGACGGCCUCCAGCAACUCAGGGAUAAUAUGGGCGCCCAGAGGGACCCUCUGGUCCAGCUUUCCCCGCCAGCUGCCCUCAUCAGCUCCAAAUCCCUCUCUGAGCCCUUGCUGAACUCCCCGGACCCACUGCUCUCCUCCUCUUCCCACCCCGAUUCCCCAUCUUCCUCGUCUCCCCCCUCCACCCAGGAGGCCUCUCCCACCGGCGACUUGGCAAUGGGGUCCCCUUUCAUGCCAGAGGUAGGCUCCCCACAAGACACUGGGAAGCCCCUGCCGCCACCGCCGCCGCCACCACCAGGGGGCCUGCCGCCGCCCCAGGAGUUCGGCAGAGGGAACCCCUUCAUGCUCUUCCUCUGCCUGGCCAUCCUGCUGGAACACCGUGACCACAUCAUGCGCAACGGGCUGGAUUACAACGAGCUGGCCAUGCACUUUGACCGCCUUGUGCGGAAACACCACUUGGGGCGCGUGCUGCGCCGGGCCAAGGCGCUUUUUGCUGAUUACCUGCAGUCAGAGGUGUGGGACUCAGAGGAGGGGGCCGAGGCCACAGCUCCAUCUUGACCAGGCCCCCUGAAGCCCUCCCAUUAACCCUGCCAGGUCAUUCUUUGCCCUGAGGGCCUUCACAUGAGACCCCACCCACCCCACCCCACCACCACCCUGCCUGCCAGUCCUUGACCUGUUGGAGAGCUAGGCCCUCUCUGCCCAGGUCUGAGUGUACUGGGCUCUGCUCCAGCACCGCCCCCCACCCCUACCCCUCCCCGAGGCCACAGCCUCUUCUUUCUGUUUCUGUGGUUUCCUUUUUAACUACACUUUGCACACAGGAAGCUCACUGUAGUCUGUGUAUUUCUCUGGCUUGUCCCUGAGUUCCACAGGAAGUGGAGGCUGCAGGCACUCUUUAGCUGGUGGAACCAAGAUCCUUCCCUUGGCACAGCAUAGGUCCUGCUUCCCCAGUGGCAGGGAAGGCAGGUGCUGAUCGGUUCUCGAAGUUGAGCUCCGACCCCGAGACUGCUUGAGGAGAGCCUGUGUCUGCCCUCUGGCUCAUCAGUCCACGUGUGAGGGGCCAUAUCAUGAAUGCCUAUUUUCAGGAGAGACACCCCACACACACACACCAGAGGAGACGACAGUUCCUGGCUCACAAAAGGGUGUAAUGUAUUACAGAGACUGAGAAGUCUUGGGCUACUUUGAGAGGAACAUUGCGUGAGCCACCCCUGGCAAUGCACCUGUCACCUUGUCUAGCACUAAUGCUGGCAGCCCGGGUCGCUGGCUUGGGAGCCUGGCUGAGGGACUGUAGCCUUGCCAUGUGUUGCGCCCUUAACUGGGUUUCCAGCUUCACAGCCCCUGGUGUAACCAUUUCAGCCACUACUGUUUACAUGGGCAUUCAUUUGCUUUCUCCAUCCCACUGAUAAUGGAGAAAUGCAUCAAGCAUUGGCAAAACUCGGGCCCUAAAAGUAGCUGCCUACUUGUUGGGAAGAGAAUGAGGGCCGGCGCCGUGGCCUAAUAGGCUAAUCCUCCACCUGCGGCGCCGGCACACCGGGUUCUAGUCCCGGUCGGGGCGCCGGAUUCUGUCCCGGUUGCCCCUCUUCCAGGCCAGCUCUCUGCUGUGGCCCGGGAGGGCAGUGGAGGAUGGCCCAAGUGCUUGGGCCCUGCACCCCAUGGGAGACCAGGAGAAGCACCUGGCUCCUGCCUUCGGAUCAGCGCGAUGUGCCGGCCGCAGCACACCGGCCGCGGCAGCCAUUGGAGGGUGAACCAACAGCAAAAGAAGACCUUUCUCUCUGUCUCUCUCUCUCACUGUCCACUCUGCCUGUCAAAAAAAAAAAAAAAAAAAAAAAAGAAGAAGAAGAGAAUGAGCAACUGCCCAGCCAGCAGCUGUUGCAUUCAGCAAUGCUGCCAGAGUGGAAGGGGGCAUUGGGGCAGCCAUCCUCCUGUUUGUCUCCCCCCUCCACCAGGAAUGCCAUAGAAAGCUGGGGAUGACCCGACAAAGGUUCCCACCACCCUAGUGCUGAAGGGGAAGUGGACCGUUCCCUAGAGGAGGGCUCAAUUACUUGAAGAACAGGAGAGCAUUGCUGUAGACAGGGCGUCUGGCCCCCUGAGGAUCAGCGAUCUUCCUGUUGUCAGAACCAGCUGGCCCCCGCGGGGUUCGGGGCUGUGGUUCGUGAGCUCUUGAUUUGAAGGGUCAUUCUGUGCGUGGCAGCUCCAAGGGCCAAAGAAGUCCUUUGUGUGACUUGCACACUUGGACACCCUGGGAGAUGACAGCCAGCACAAGCCAGGCGGGAGAAAGCCCAGGGAGAGACGUGGCCUCCAGAACACAAAACACAGCUCUGAGAGACGUGUGCACAAACAGAGGGCUGGCUUUACAGCCAGGUGCGUUUUCCGGGCAGGUGGCCAGAGACAGCAAAUUGGAGGAAAAAGAAGCAGAUGUAAGUUCUGGCUCUUGGCUCUCGUGCGCCGCCUCGCUCCAGAAACCACCCAGACCACCAGUACGGGUGUUGGGGGUGGGGUGGGGGCUAGUUCAGGGCAGCCAGACCAGGCAGAAUCACCCCCACCCCGCGCCCCUCUUAAAGCUCUCUUCCUCUGAGGGCGUGAGAAAUUAACCUCAACCAGCGGACUGUCUGGUUGUGGAGUGGGGCGGGGUGAGAAUUGCACAUCUCUGGCACCCGGGACUGUCCAGCCGCUAGUUCCUCUCCCCACACAGCCCUCUACCCUCAUACUGCAGGCAAUUGAGCAGAUAAGAGUAUGGCCUUCAGCCUCUACAUUUCAACAGCCAGAGCAGCUGACAACUUCAAAGGGAUCCAAGCUCGCCAGCCGCCAAAAUGACGAAAUACUAGGACAGUUUAACAACCGCCAGGGGACAACAAACUGGAUGUGCUGGUUAUCUCUUGCUGUAUAACAAAUUACCUCUGGGGCCAAUUGGGAUGCCUGCAUCCCAUAUCGCAAGGCCUGGGUUUGAGUCCUGGCUCUGCUUCCGAUUCCAGCUUCCCACUAAUGCUCACCGUGGAUGCAGCAGGUGAUGGCUCAAGACGGAGUUCCAGGCUCCUCGCUUCAGCCUGGCCCAGUCCUGGCCACUGCAGCCAUUUGGGGAGUGAACUAGAGGAGAAUGGAAGAGGCUCGCUCUCUCACUCUGUCUCUCUGUCUCUCUGUCUCUCUCUCUCUCUCUCUAUAUAUAUAUAUAUUUAUUUAUUUAUUUAUUUAUGUGUGUGUGAGUGAUAGAUAUAGUGACUUUCAAAUUAAAAUUUUUUAAAUAUUUAUUUGAAAGUUAUCUACUGGUUCUCUCCCCAGAUGGCUGCAAUGGCCAGGGCUGGGCCAGGCUGAAGCCAGGAGGUUAGAACACCAUCUAGUUCUCCAACAUGGGUGGCAGGAGUCCAAGCACUUGGGCUAUCUGCUGCUGCUUUCCCAGGCGCAUUUGCAGACAGCUGGAUGGCACGUGGAGCAGCCAGAACUUGAGCCAGCGCCCAUAUAGGUUGCUGGCAUUGUAGGCAUCGGCUUGACCCGCUAUGCCACGGCGCCAGCACUGACAAAUGAGUUUUAGAAUAAACAAGUUACUUUCAGACUUAGCAGCUUAAAACAACAAAGACUUCUUAUCUCAGAGUUUCUGAAGGUCAGGACUGGGAGCAGCUCCUCUGAGUAGGGGAUUUUGACUCAGGAUCUCCUCUUGCGGUUUCAGUCAAAUUGCCGGCCGGGACUACAGUCCGCUGAGAGUUUGAUGUGGCUCCUGGGCCCGCUUCCAACGUGCUGUGCCCACAGGACUGCUGGCACGAGGCUUCCAUUCCUUACCACCUUCCAUGGGGCUGCUCAUGACACAUGAUCCAAACGAGCAGGCCAGAGACCGUAACCCAGAUGGCAGCCACAUUGUCUAUAACUUCAUCUUGGAAAUGACAUGCCAUCAUUUCUGCUGCGUGUGUUGGUCACUUAGACCAACCCUAGCACGUGGGAGGGGAUUACCUAGGGUGUGAGGCAGGGAUCACUGGGCACUAUAGUAGAGGUGGAUAAUGGAGACCAGCGGAAGCACAAGUCCCACGACCAAUAGUUUUAAAUAUGUUUAAGAAGAGAGAACAUUAGGAUAUAAAACAGGAACAAGGGGCUAGCACUGUAGCACAGUGGGUUAAGCUGCUUGGGACACCUGCAUCCCAUAUCGCAACCCCAGUUUGAGCCCCAGUUAGUCUGCUUCUGAUCAAGGUUUCUCCUAAUGCACCUGGGAAGGCAGAGAAGGAUGACCCAAGUACUGGGACCCCUGCCACCCACAUGGGACACCCAGAUGGAGUUCCUGGCUCCUGCCUUCUUUGGCCUGGUUCAAACCUGGCUCUUGUGGCCAUGUAAGGAAUGAACCAGCAGAUGGAAAAAUCUCUCCCUCCCUCUCUCUGCAUCACUCUGCUUUCAAAUAAAUAUUUUUUUGAAAAAGGAACAAGAUAUAAAAAGGACCCCCCCAAAAAUAUCAGAUAUGAGUAUGAUGGUAGAAAAAAGAAAAAAUAUAUACUGUAAAUCGAGACUAUGAAAUGAGAUGUCAGAACUAAGUCCUAAUAUAAUAAUUACAAAAAUAUUUAAACAGAGCCAACAAUGUGAGAUAGCUGGUUAAGCCGUUGUCUGCAAAGCCAGCAUCCCAUACCUGAGCACCAGUUCCAGUCCCGACUGCUCUACUUCUGAUGCAUCUCUCUGCUAAUGUGCCUGGGAGAGCAGCAGAAGAUGGCCCCAGUAUUUGGGUCCCCCACACAGAAGAUCCAUCACUUUCCUAAGUGGAUUAGUAGGAAGCUGGAUCAGAAGCAAAUUCGCCAGAAUGCAAAUUGGCACUCCGAUAUGAGAUGCUGUCCUUGUAAGUAGUGGCUUAACCUGCUGAGUACAAUAUGGGCCCCUCUGAGAAGCAGCUUUUUCAUUUAUGUAUUACUUUUUCAUCCUCUAUUGCACUUAUUUCCACACUUCUAUUUCCUCCAUGACUUAAUCCUUUCAGUUUGUUCCUCUGCUCUUUUUCUAACUUAAAAAAAUUUUAUUUUUAAUUUUUAAAAAAGUAGUUAUUUUUACUUUUUAAAGAUAUUUAUUUAUUUAUUUAUUUGGAAAUCAGAAUUACACACAGAGAGAAGGAGAAGCAGAGAGACACAGAGAGAGGUCUUCCAUUUGCUGGUUCACUCCCCAAUUGGCCACAACAGCUGGAGCUGUGCCAAUCCAAAGCCAGGAGCCAGGAGCUUCUUCCAGGUCUCCCACGCAGGUGCAGGGACCCAAGGCCGUGGGCCAUCUUCCACUGCUUUCCCAGGCCAUAGCAGAGAGCUGGAUUGGAAGUGGAGCAGCCGGGACUCGAACCAGCGUCCAUAUGGGAUGCCAGCACUGCAGGUGGCGGCUUUUACCCGCUGCACCACAGCACCGGCCCCAAAUGUAGUUAUUUUUAAAGGCAGAGAGACAGACAGACAAAAGGAUCUCCUGUGUGCUGCUUUGGUCUCUAAAUGCCCACGACAGAUGAGACUGGGCUAGGCUGAAACCAGGAGCCUGGAUCUCCAUCCACAUGGCUGGCAGGGACCCAACUACUUGAGCCAGCAUCUGCUGCCAUCAGGCUGUGCUUUAGCAAGAAGCUGGAAUCAGGAGUGAAGCCAGGACUGAAUCCCAGGCACUCCAACGUGGGACGUGCGUGACCCACGUAGUGUCUUAACCACUGUGCCAAAGGGUCACUCCUUUUUAUUUUUGUUCAAUUUUAAAUUAACAAAAACUGUAUAUAUCUUUGGGUGCCCCACCCUGUGAUUUCCAUUGGCGGGGGAGGAGCUGCUCCCAUCCACUGGUUCAUUCCAUGAAUGCACAUGAUGGCUAGGGCUUGGCUGAGGCCAAAAUUGGGAACCAGGAAUUUCAGCUAGGUCUCCCACAAUGGCUGCAAUGGCUGGGGCUAGGUCAGGCUAUGCCAGGAGCCUUGAGUCCCAUACAGGUCACCCACGUGGGUGCAGGGGCCCAAGUGCUGGGCCAUCCUUUGCUGCUUUCCCAGGCCAUUAGCAGGGAACUAGAUCCCAAGCAGAAUAGCCAGGACUCAAAGUGGUGCUUAUAUGGGAUGCUGGCAUUGCAAGUGGCAGCUUAACCAGGUGUGCUACAAUGCCAACCCCCUGUUUAUGAUAUUAAAAAUUAAAAAGAAAUGGGCCAGUGCUGUGGUGUAGUGGGUAAAGUCACUGCAUGCAGUGCCGGCAUCCCAUAUGGGCGCUGGUUCUAGGCCCGGCUGCUCCACUUCCGAUCCAGCUCUCUGCUAUGGCCUGGGAAAGCAGUAGAAGAUGGCCCACGGCCUUUGGUCCCUGCACCUGCGUGGGAGACCUGGAAGAAGCUCCUGGCUCCUGGCUUUGGAUCAGCCCUAGUCUGGCAGUUUCGGCUAUCUGGGGAGUGAACCAGCAGAUAGAAGACCUCUCUCUCUGUCUCUGUCUCUGUCUCUAUCUCUGCCUCUGUCUGUAAUGCUGCCUUUCAAAUAAAUACAUAAAUCUUUUUAAAAUGUGAAAAAUUUUUUAAAAAUAAAGAAAAACUCUUAGCAGACAACAGAAUGUCCUUAACUUGAUAAAGGUUCUGUGGUAAAAUCUGAGAGCAAAAAUGCCCAAUAAACUAUUUGUUAAAUA